AAUUAAAGUGGAAGGAUAGCAGGGGAGGAAGGUGCAGACGACCAUGGCAGGCUAAGCUCCAGUUCUUGGCCAAACGCUUCUCUUUUUCCUUCACCAUUAAAGCAAGAGAGAGAGAGGCGCACGCAACUCAAAAUCCUCAAAUAUAUACCAUGAUUCGGUAGCUUCCUUUUUAAAACAUAAUUGGAUUCCUUUCCCCCACCUUCCUUCUUGCUUUCACAUAGCCUGCCCGGCCCUCUUUUCUACUCAGUCCUUCUAGCCAACUCCGUCCUCCUUAUCCCCUUUUCUCUCUCUCUCUCUCUCGCGGAUCCCACGAAAAGAUUCCUCCACCCUCUCUUUUAUGAGACUCCUCCUUUAAAAAGAAGAGAGAGAGAGAGAGAGAAGGAUGAUGCAAGGUGAUCAAAGGAGGCUGAGGAUGGAGAUGGGAAUAGGAGGAGGAGGGGGGGAGUGUUCGUCUUCAUCGGCGGCGGCGGCGGCGGAGGAGGAGCAGCGGCAGCUGCUGAAGGCGGAGAUGGCGGUGCACCCGCUGUGGGAGCAGGUGGUGGGGGCACACGUGGGUUGCCUCCGGGUGGCCACCCCGAUCGACCACCUCCCCCUCAUCGAGGCCCAGCUCGCCAACUCCCACCACCUCCUCCGGUCCUACGCCACCCGCCACCGCCCCUUCCUCUCCCCCCCGGACAAGCACGACCUCGACACCUUCCUCGCGCAGUAUCUUUUGGUGUUGUGUUCUUUUAGGGAGCAGCUCCAGCAGCACGUCCGAGUCCACGCCGUGGAGGCCGUCAUGGCCUGCCACGAGAUCGAGCAAUCGUUACAAGAUCUCACCG